CGCGUGCUUGAGAGCAUGUGACCUGGACCAGACUUUGCGGCGACACUAUUCACCACAUCUAACACAAAAGCAGCAAACACUUUCCUUGUUUAUCUUAAGCCAACUCGACUGCUGAGACAAUUUCAUUUGCAUCAACACACCUCUGGCGACAUCAAAAACACCAGAAAAACAUGGAAACAAUAAGCCCAAAGACGCUCGAGCGCCUCUUCCGCACACGAUCGCUAUCCUCAGACACUCUGCACUCCCUUCUGACGCCGACGGUUCAUGAGGGCGAAGAUGGUGUCAGCUGUGAUACAACGCAGCUCGUCACAUCUCCUCAGACGACUGAAACUUCUCUCGAACUCCUUCGCCGACUGCGCGCCCCUGAUGCUGAGCUCAUCCGAGUGCAAUGCACUAGAGAUGUCAGCGAGCGACCUCUCCUGAUUUCCAGAUCUCUUCUCGAACACGCCUCACCACUUUUCGUCACCAAGCUCAGAUACCACGACACACUCGUACUCGACACGAACGUGUUUGUCUACGCCAUCUUCAUCUAUUGGCUGUACCAUGAACGUGUACCAGAGCCAGGAGACUUCAAUGGCGACUGGAGCAAGCCUUUGACAGAGCACGAGAGAGGAGAGUUCCAAGUAUUGUUGGUCUCGAGUUGGACUUUCGCAGAGCAGUGGCAUGUGCCUCGCCUGCAGAAUGCUAUUAUAGACGCUCUCUUUGACACUUUCACCACUGGAGAAACAGUCGCGCCAGAUGUCAUGGAAAGUUGUUUGAAAAUUUCGAGAAAGGAAAGUGCAAUGAGAUUUGCUUUGAUGUUCUACAUGCUUUGGUCGGACAAUAUCAAGCAGCAACAGGAUACUGGAUCGUCCGAAGAAGGAAUGAAGCUACUGGUUGAUACUGUGGACAUUGGAGAAGUUGCAGGUUUCGAUGACGAUUUCAUGUUGGCUACGGAGGUUCUUGUUUGGAGGGAGCGAGAGGCUCUUGCGUUGGGCGAGUUUGUUGAUGGCGAGAUGCCGAAGGCGGAGAAGUUCUACGUUCCGGUGGAGUGAUGCGGGUUUCCGGGUGCUGUCUUCUGCCAUGUUUCUUCCGGUGUGAUCAGUUCGAGCCUGUUGUAUGCUUGCAUGUCAAAAGUUUAGUUCAUGCUUGGGUAUCUCUGUAUCUGAACUUCUAAAAAGCACC